GUCAGCGAUCGUGUUCAGUAGUCUUGACAGCUCAAAAAAACAUAUACUUCCAAAUCGAAAAAUGUCUCGCUCAUUCCUGAUGGAUUCCCUUCUCAGCGAUGGACCCAAAAAAGAGACCCUGGGAUCACCCAGCGGAGGAUCCUCGACGGCUGCCGCAGUGGCCGCAGCUGCCAUGUUGCCUUCAAUACCGAUGUUGCCUUAUCCGGCCAGCUAUGUGGGCAGUUACCUCUUCUCCCUGGGCAUCCAGCAACAGCAGCAGCAACAACAACAGGCUGCAGCGGCCGCAGCAGCAGCAGCAGCGGCGGCAGCUGCCUUGCAACAUCCCCAGGCCAGCUCCAGUCCCACUUCAUUGUAUCAUCCAUAUGCCCAACUGUUUGCCACCAAAAGGAAAUCCAAUGGCUUCGCCAACUACGAGAGCUGUUAUCCGUCGCCUCCUUUGUCGGCGAAUCCUGCAAAUGCCAGCUCCCAGCAGAUACCUCUUCAUGGCAUCUAUGGAUCGGGCUUGCCUCUGCCGGAGCCCGGCAGCUUCUGCACUUCUCCGUCGGCUUCCUCUUCGGCGUCUCUGGAUUACACCAACAACUUCGAUGAGCCCCAAGGCAAGAGAUUUAAGCACGAGUCCUCCUGCUCGCCCAACAGCUCACCCUUGAAAGUACAGGGCUCUGCUCUGCCCACGGAGAUCACUCCUUUGAUUAACGACUAUGCCGACUCCAGCAAGAGGAUCCGCACUGCCUUCACCAGCACCCAGCUCUUGGAACUGGAACGGGAGUUCUCCCAGAACGCCUAUCUUUCCCGACUACGUCGCAUCGAGAUUGCCAACCGCCUGCGGCUCUCCGAGAAGCAGGUCAAGAUUUGGUUCCAAAACCGACGAGUUAAGCAGAAGAAGGGCGGCUCCGAGAGUCCCACAUUCAACCUGUCCACCAACUCCAGCUCCAGCCCCCAGGCCUCACCCCAAGCCAAGGUCCAUGAACUGAAGGUCGAGGCAUAGGACGAGUCUCCUUUGGAGGUCACAAUUGUACAGUAGAACUUAA